AUGCAUCUAAAGGGUGAACCUGAACCUCUGGUCCUGAUUGAGCUUUUCUCAGUUUUGUGUGAUAUGGUCUCUGCAGCUGACGAAGUUGAGUCCUCUAAUUUGAAGUCUCGUAUCAUGACCUCCAGAGUCUUAUACUGNUUUGACAAAAGUUUAACCGAACAACCACUAGAAACGCCAAAAUGGGAACUCACGAAACCUAUUUCUCUAGAUGCUGAGGAAAAUUCAGUGGAAUCAGCAAUUGGCAAAAGCCCUGAUGUCCAUUACAUCUAUGUCUGUACUAAGGAUGAGUCGUUGAAGAAGACGGAGGCAGACGCUACAUGA